AUGGCGACCGAAGCUUUCACGGUGUCGCGCGAGCAACUGACCGGGCCAAAAGGUGUUACUGCGUUAGUGACGGGCGGCGCGUCAGGAAUUGGACUGCAAACAGUAAUUCUCCUUCACGAGCUUGGCAAUAAUGUUAUCGUCGUCGACAGAGCACGACCUCAUCCAGCUGCUCCAAAGACCUUGACUUCAUCACCUCGCUUCCUGUACCAACAAUGCGACAUUACAUCAUGGAAACAGCAAAGAGCCGCCUUUGAGGCCGGAUUCAAGAAGUUCGGGUCCAUUGACUGUGUCUUUGUCAAUGCGGGAAUUGCCGAGUACAAGGACCAAUUCUUCAAGGACGAGCUAGACGCAGAUGGAUUGCUCAAGGAACCUGACAGGAGGGUCAUCGACAUUGACAUGCACGCGGCCAAUGACACGGCGAAGUUGGCCAUCUACUACAUGAGGAAGAAGGCGCCCGACCAGAAGCGGGGAGGGAGCAUUGUCAUGACCGCGAGUCUGGCGGGAUAUCUGGCCAGUGCUGGGGCACCGCUAUACAGUGCCGCGAAACAUGGUAUUGUGGGCCUGAUGAGGGCAUUGAAGAACGACACAGCAACACUUGGGAUCGCGGUGUCUGUGGUGGCGCCGGGCAUCACUUUGACCGAUAUCAUUUCAGGCCGCAAACCCGAAGAAUCUCUAGCUACAUGGGCCUCGAGAAUGAGAGGAGUUGGCGUUCCCAUCAACGAUCCGCAAGAGGUGGCCAAUUGCGUGGUGUACUUGAUGAGCCUGGGCAUCGAGGCCAACGGCAAAGGAAUGCUCAUUCAAGGUGGGCGGGUGGCGGAUUUGGAAAAGGGGAUAGCGACGUCGAGGAAGAUCUGGAUGGGCGAAGAGAUGUUGAAUUUGUUCCGGGGGGGACGGACUGCGCCAUUGUUUCCGAACAAACUAUAA